AUGGCUGACAUGUCGUCCGUCGAACGUCGCGAGCAGCUCCGUCACUUGAAUAACUCGUUAAUCAAUGGCUCCUUGACCCGUCAAGAGUAUAAUGAGCUGCUCUUGUUUAUCGCGUCCCCAACAUUUCAUGAAAAUACCACCGACUUAAGCGACCGAGCAGCAGCUUCGAUGACAAGUGACCCUCACUCCCGUUCACGCACUGUCCACUUUAUCAAUGAUGUGAACCCUCCACAGCCGAUUGCGGACCCGCGUCAUUAUCAGAUUCUAGCGCCCGUUAUGACCACUUCCAUCUCUUCUGGACUGCAGUUGCGUUGUCCAGGGUGUAGUACCAGCAACGACACGACACGUGGUCCUCGUUGCUACGUGUGCAACUCGCGUCUCACGAUCGCUGAUGAACUAUCGGCUGCAGCAAGUACGAGGAGCUUAAGAGCUAGAGAGAGACCCGAGCAAAGAUGGCCCAAUGGGACGGCCAAUAUGCCACCCAUUUGCACGCUCACAAUGUCCGAGGACGGACAACUUGUGAUCCAUGACGGCGUCUUCUCGUGUGUCAUACAGGACACGCAGGUGAUUGCAACGGUGGAAGGUAGUUUCUGCCAGGUCUUUGUCAUGUGCUGUACAUGGCAACCUCGACAAGCUACCGAGGAUGUGAACCAACAAACUCAAGCGACGUGGUACGUUUCACAACGCUUUAGCCAUUUUGAAAAGCUACACAAGACGCUCAAGAAGAAGUUGGCACGCACUACAACGGCGUCAUUUCCUCCGUUUCCAGCCAAAUAUCAUCUGAUCGAUCGAUUGAAGAAGAGAAAACAGGGCUUGGCGAUCUACAUGCCACGGCUGCUUGAGAUGUGCGCAGAUCUAUUCAACGCACAGCCAUUGCCGGAGCUGGACGAGUUCUUAAAUGUCUCGCACCAGAUUCGGUUCUUCCUCUCACAACGCCGCAGUCUUGCUGCAGCUCCUAUUGGGUCUGCUGGUCUACCGGUUGACAGCAGUUCUCAACGAUCAACAUCCUCCUUCCCAGCGUAUCCAGGCCUUGCAAUGCUGCCUGCGCAGUCGAUUGCUCCGCCUAUGGAUGAGACAGAGCUCGCCCAAGCCGAGGGUGCUGUAAGGCUUUUUGCUGAGGCGGUACGUAAUGCACGAGGCGACGUGCGUAGCGAUGGCACUGUCCAGCAUCAUUUAGAUAUGUGCGUGCAGUUGGCACCGUGCUUGCAGCGUUCUGCUGACUUGGACAAUCCAUUCGCCAAAGCUGAACUCAUUCCUCGUGCCAUGCAGUGCGAAGAAGACUUGCAACAGGCCAUCACGAUGUACAAUGACUCUUUACUGGCUGUUUCGGAUGUGGCACCGGUCCAGCAUCAAGUACAGCAACCAGACCCGCAUAUUCAAGCGCAGCAAGUAUCAGUUCGCAAUGUCGUGCCUGCAAGCGCUGCCUAA